AUGCCAUUUUACAUUCUGAUGAUCACGGAUAUCCACGUGUACUCACCACUCGAUGCACUCCUCGUCAAGGACUGGUUUGCAUUCCACUACGUGCAUGCGUCGUAUGCGACGGCGUUCUUUUUCACGGGCGAGCAGAGCGCCGUAUUGGACGUGCUGCUCAAAGCGCAGUUCCUGAUGGCUCGCGUGAGGCUACUUGACCACGACGAGUAUUGUGCCUGCAUGUUGCGCUUGAGUCGUGUUGAAGGUGGAGCGGAUGAAGGGGGAAACGUGGUGCACGAGGGGAGUGCCGUGCGCCUGCGAGAUUGGCUAACGAGGCUGCAUCGCGAUGACGCAGCGCAGAAUGAGGAUGUUAGUGAUACGGAUUGGCACACUACAGCUGUUCAAACGCCUCCUGAACAUGAUGACGAGGACGACAUAUCGAUCGACGAGGACUUCGUAUCGGACACAGACUCCGACGAUGACCCGCAACCAACCGAUCCUUUCAAGACGAACUCAGAGCAGCAAUCGGGCAUGAAUCGAACGUUGCUCGACAAAGUCUGCUUGGACCUGUAUGAAGAGUUAAAUCUCCCAGCGGGCUCUUCCUCCGGAGCUUUUAUCUGA